GCUUUGCAUUCUUCGACUUCGCCGCAACUCGAAAUACCUUAAUCAACUCCCAUAUCCGAAAUUUACCUAAGGCAGGGUUCCCGUCUUACGGCGUGAGUCAAUAGCUACCUAGGUACCUAGACGUACCAUACAAGCCAGACAAACUUAAACGCCUCGUCUUCACCCUCGAAAAUUGUAUAGAAUUACCAAACUAGACCAGACACCAUGGCUGAUCUCAAUUCUUGGGAAGACGAUCCUGCUGCCCAGGACGACAACUUAUCAAAGCAGGCUCAACAACAGCUGAACCUCAAUAAUCAACCUCAGAACCCUGCCGCGCCGACAUUCCGACCUGGUGCUGCUUCCUUUCAACCCACCGCCCAGUCUUUCCAACCGGGUCAAGGUUAUGGUGGCUACGUUCCCAACUACCAGCAGCAAGGCUAUUAUGGUGGUGGUCAGAACUACUACCCGCAAUAUGGCGGACCUCAAGGAGGUUAUGGUCAUUACGGUCAGGGUCAGGGAUAUGGGAAUGUCUACGGACAAGGCGGGUAUAAUCAAGGAUACGGACAACAACAACAAUAUGCCCAAUACCAACAGCCGCAAUCCCACCAAGCCCAGGCUGUUCCGACAAUUGCUAAACGAGGUGACCAAACCGCAUCUGCUGUCCCUGCCCCUGUCCCUGCCACCAAGCCUGCGCCCGCUGCCUCUUCCGACGCGCCUCAGCCUGUAGCUAAGCAAGAAGGAGGAACCAAAGUUUUAAGCGUAGGCGGAGACCCCCCGAAGCCCAAGGCCACUAAGGUUCUAUCUAUUGGUGUUCCCGCACCGCCGAAAGAUGAGCCUAAGCCCGAAAAGGCCGAGAAGGAGGCAUCUGCUGAGGAAGGCUCCAAAGUGACGGCGAGUAAGGCGAUUGAGAAGACUGGCGAGGCUACUAAAUCGACUAAGAGCCCGAGCGGAAAGACAUCACCGACACCCUCCUCUGGGCGCUCGAGUCCCUCUAGGGCAAGCAAAGCAGCCGCUCGCGAUGCCGAUGCCGUUGCCAACGAACAAGCCGCCGAUGUCGAUGAGGAGACCCUCAAGGAAAUCUACGGAAAGGAACAUAUUAACAUCAUCUUCAUUGGUCACGUCGAUGCUGGCAAGUCGACCCUUGGUGGAUCCAUUCUAUACGUGACUGGCAUGGUCGACGAACGUACCUUAGAUAAAUAUAAGCGCGAAGCGAAAGAACUGGGCCGAGAAACGUGGUACUUAUCUUGGGCUCUCGAUUUGACUAAAGAAGAGCGUUCCAAGGGAAAGACGGUUGAAGUCGGCCGAGGAUACUUUGAAACAGAGAAGCGACGAUAUAGUAUCCUGGAUGCCCCUGGCCACAAGACAUAUGUCCCGAGCAUGAUCGGAGGUGCCUCCCAAGCAGACAUCGGUGUCCUCGUCAUCAGUGCGCGUAAAGGAGAGUAUGAGACCGGCUUCGAAAAGGGCGGACAGACCCGUGAGCACGCUAUGCUUGCCAAGACCCAAGGUGUCAACAAGCUCGUUGUUGUUAUCAACAAGAUGGACGACCCUACAGUUAACUGGUCCGAGGAGAGAUACAAGGAAUGCACGACAAAGCUAGCACAGUUUUUGAAGGGUACUGGAUACAACCUAAAAACAGACGUCUUCUUCAUGCCCAUCGCCGCUCAACAAACGAUGGGUAUCAAGGACCGCAUUCCGCCAGGAGUUUGCCCCUGGUAUGAUGGACCUUCUCUACUCGAGUACCUUGAUAACAUGCAGGCCCUCGAACGCAAGACCAACGCGCCCUUCAUGAUGGCUAUCAGCGGAAAGUAUAGGGAUAUGGGUACCAUGGUAGAAGGCAAGAUUGAAGCCGGUGUUUGCAAGAAGGGCAUGAGUUUGAUCAUGAUGCCGAAUAAAGAGAAAGUUGAAAUUGCGGCUCUCUACGGCGAGACAGAAGACGAGAUUUCAAUUGCUCAAUGUGGUGACCAAGUGCGUAUACGCCUUCGGGGUAUCGAGGAAGAUGACAUCUCGGCCGGUUUCGUGCUUUGCUCGCCGAAACGUUUGGUUCAUAACGUGUCGGCUUUUGAGGCCCAAAUCAAAAUUCUCGAACUGAAGAGCAUUCUUACUGCCGGCUUCAACUGCGUCUUACACGUUCAUUCUGCGGUCGAAGAAGUAACCUUUGCCGCGUUAUUACACAAACUUCAGAAAGGAACAGGCAGGAAGAGCAAGACGCCGCCGACGCAUGCGAAGAAGGGUGAUAGCAUAAUUGCCAGGAUGCAAGUUACAGGCGGAGCCGGUUCGGUCUGCAUAGAAAGAUUCGAGGAUUACCCACAGAUGGGCCGUUUCACUUUGAGAGAUCAAGGUCAAACCAUCGCUAUUGGCAAGAUCAUCAAGCUCAUCACGGAUGAUUCCGCUUAGAAAUCGAAGCAUCCCGAUGAUGGAGCCAGCGGUGCCUAAAGAGAGAGCUGCGAUUUACUAUGGUCGUCACAAAGUGACUAAGUAGGUAGGAAGCAGGGGGGCUUCCGUCGAUAUCGAUAUAAAGGCCCCUGAAGGGCUUGUGGAUAAAUGCCACGCAUUCAUAGUGAAUUGUUUAGAAAGCAUUACAUGGGCAUGAAGCGGUAAAGAUAGACUUAACAUGCUCAGUAAAAGACCUUUCCCUCGGAACAAAUGUUGAAGCGCUUUGCUUUGAGUCUCAUAGAGCAGUGAAGAAUAUUGCGACUUUUGAUUACUUUUUGCUAUGAGCUGGCCCUUCGGGAUUUUUCUUGGUUGACAUGUUUCUCUUCCUAUAUUUAGCGCAUGCUCUACACAUGCCCCUUUCUCGAGAUGGAUUUACUUUCUUCUGUAAGAAGGAACCUGUAAUUACAUGUGUGUGUGUGUGUGUGUGUGAACGUUAUAGGUAUUCAGAAGAUAUCUGCUCGCGACAAUGAUCUUAACUCUGAUGGUAAUUCCUCAGCUCUCUUGAUG